GGAUGUUGCACUGCUCUUUAAUACCGCAAACCUGACGUAACUGGAUAAGAAAGGAAGACGCAAAGGUAUUAGUAAGAAGUCUGAUCUCGCAGCAGGGCACGCCAUUCACGGCAGGCUUUGGGAGGUCGGCGUCUAACCCUGACCUUUCCCAUCUGGAUAUUACCGAAAGACCACGCAGCGGAGAAGCGAAACAUUAUGGCGACGUUGGGGCCGGAAUCGGCUCGCCCUGCCCUCGCCCAGCUUGGCGUUUCUCCGUCUACUCAGAAUCACGUCUGCAGCUCGAACAUGCCUCCAAACCGUGGCUUGGAGCGGGCGCUGGAGGAGGCAGCGGCCAGCGGUGUGCUGAACCUCAGCUGCCGCAAGCUGAAGGAGUUUCCCCGGACAGCUGCUAACCAGGACCUGAGCGAUACGGUGGAGGCAGACCUCUCAAAGAAUCGGCUCAGUGACAUCCCCUCAGAGGUUUGUCACCUGGUUGCCUUGGAGACCCUAAACCUGUAUCACAACUGCAUCAGAAGCAUCCCAGACAGCAUCAUCGCCCUGCAGUCCCUUACAUCCUUGAACCUUAGUCGAAAUCAACUGGGCUCUCUGCCGUCAUGUCUCUGUGGUCUACCUCUGAGGGUCCUCAACGCCAGCAACAACAAGCUAGUGAACCUACCGGAGACCAUUGGGCAGCUGCACGGCCUCAUGGAACUGGAUAUCAGCUGUAAUGAGAUCACGGCUCUACCUCGACACAUUAGCAGGCUUAAAGCCCUGAAGGAACUCAAUGUUCGGCGAAAUCUUCUCUGUGUCCUGCCAGAAGACCUGGCUGAUCUUCCGCUGGUAAAGUUUGACUUUUCAUGCAACAAGGUGUCCACCAUCCCUGUGUGUUACAGAAAAAUGAGGCAACUCCAGUCACUGCAGUUGGAAAACAACCCGCUGCAGAGUCCACCUGCACAGAUCUGUAUCAAGGGUAAAGUCCACAUAUUCAAGUAUUUGAGCCUCGAGGCUUGUCGCAGCGAGAAGAUGCCUGACUCUCUGUACCUCCCAGUUAUGGAGCGACUCAGUUUCCCCCGUCCCUACACCGGCAGUGUGGAGGACAUGGAGCAGCAGAGGAAGCAGGACAGCGACUCUGGAGUCGGCAGCGAUAACGGAGAUAAGAGGCUGUCUGCGACCGAGCCUUCAGAUGAAGAUAGUCUGAGUCUCAACGUGCCAAUGAGUAACAUUACAGAGGAAGAGGGAAUUGGCAAAGAUGACUCUAUUGAACACAUAAGCUCCCUAACAGUGGAUCCAAACUCUGACUCAGUGCAUCUUAUAGAAGAAAGCCCUACGGAAGCCCUGAACGACCCAAUGAGCUACAGAGGCUCGUCUCUCAGUUCUCGCUUCAUCAACUACAUCAAGGGUCGAACCGCUGCAGACUUUGAAGAACCACUGAGGAUAGAGGAAGACCCACACUGGCCAAUGGAACAAACGUCUAAGGUCUCGGGGGGCACAGAGCUCCAAAUUCACAUGAUUAACCAGCUACAAGAAGCUGUGGAGCUGCUGCAGAGCCCCAGCAGAGUGAGCACAGAGCAGGAGGAUGUCCAACUUUACCCUGUGGAGAUAGCCACAGUGGAAGAGUCCUUCAACGGACAGGACGUAGAUGAGGGCAGCUCAACACCAAAGCGGGAAGACAGAUCUCCAGGCAUGGGACCUCCUUCACUAUCCAGUCCGCCUUUUGGGCUGAAGCCCCGCUCAGCCCCACCCUCACUCACAUGCUCACCUCCUCCUUCCUCUCUAGACCACUCCCUCCUCUCACAGGCAUCACACGUACAUCAUAGACAUGGCGAUGGAGGCAUGCACAGCCUGGUGUUCAUGCGGAGCCAUAAGAGCAUGGAGUCUGUGGAUCCACAGUUUACUAUGAGGCGGAAGAUGGAGCAGCUGCGUGAGGAGCUGGAGCUCAUGGAGCACCUGAGAGAUAUCAUAGAGAGCAGACUGAAAGUUGUCCUUCCUGAAGACCUCGGCUCGUCUCUGAUGGAUGGUGUCGUGCUCUGCCAUCUAGCCAAUCACAUUCGCCCUCGUUCUGUGGCUAGCAUCCAUGUUCCUUCUCCAGCAGUGCCCAAGCUCAGCAUGGCAAAAUGUCGAAGAAAUGUAGAAAAUUUCCUGGAUGCCUGCAGGAAAAUAGGUGUACCACAGUCAUCCCUUUGUACGCCCUAUGAUAUCACACAGUGGCGCCUGCACCCAGUCCAUGCCACUGUUCUAGCCCUGGUUGCCUUGGAUACGACCUCUUCAAACAAGAAGCCUGACAAGACUAUCUCUGCUGGAAGUUCUGCCUCCUUCAGGGACCCAGAAACUCGCUCAUUGGUCUCUGUUACCACUCAAACCCCACCUCCUGCUUCUCAGAUCUGGGACAUUAUUGGCUCUAGCCUGCUUCACAUCCUUUGCUUAGUUCUUCUAUUUAUAGCCUACAGUUGGAUUGAGCUAACGUAGCAGUUACUAAAGCCCUGGAAGACCCUCCUCCCUCCAGUUUAAGCCCUGUCCCUCCACAGGAUCAGCCACUGUAUGUCUUGUUAACAAAAUCCACAGCAAUCUGAGCCUUGAGAUCAUUUUCUUUCCCUGCUUGAGAGUUAUGUGGUGGUGCUCAAAUUGUCUGAAGUUUGGAGGCAGUCUCUGACAGACAUAUUACAUGAAGAAGAUGGAGCAAUGGGAUUCACUUCCAUGUCAUGGAACUGUAAGGGCACCAUUGCUUAUUGCCUCUCUCUUUGUUUUUCUACUGCUUUUGCAGUAAAGCGGAAUAAACUCUGAAGCAAAAUGAACCAAGAUAAAAGGACUGACUGUCGAUAGAACAGAUGGAGUAAAUAUGCAGAAGAAGCACCAAAUUCUGUUGUUUGUGAUUUUAUACAGUAAAUUUGUGAAUAUUGAGACAAGUUAAUGGCAACAUUUCUCUUUUGGUUAUCAAUAACAGUUUUGUAAAUCCAGAAUUCAUUAAGGACCUUUAUGCUUGGCUUGUUAGAGACACUUACAUUAUAUGUUUAUAGGAUCUCUUCCUUAUAUUGCUUUAGAAUCUUAGUAUUAUACCAGUAUGAUAUGGAGUUAUUUAUAUUUGUGUAGAUUAUGAAUUUUUAUUGUUUUGGUUGUAAAGAGUAAAUAGGGCUAUACCCUGCAACGACUGGUGUUUAAUCAGUCAUUGGACUUUUAUAUUCACUGACCAUUAUAACCUUAACAAAUAAUGCGCAUUUUAGAACUUUCGGCUUGAUCAAACAGGAUCUGAAUAAAGUAGGAUUAUAAAUCGGUUAUUAAAUACAUAAAGGAAACAAUGUUACAUACAACUGAAAAGUGACAAUUAUUAAAGAUCUAUUUGGUGUAAACUUAAAAAGUUGGUAAGUAUCUUAGUUGCACGAAGGAGAACUUUAGGACACUUUUAUCGGACAACUGGCCAGCAGUCCUCAAACAUGCUCUAGAAAGGGAUUUCCAAACGAUUAAGUUGGCUAAGCACUGGGAUAUCUAGAGUUGGAUUCAGAGAACAAAAGUGGCAUUACGUGUUGUCACUAGCAGUCACCAGAGGGGAAGGAAGAUUCCUCCUAAAUAAUAAAGAGAGCAUUGCUGAGGGCACUGUGACCAAGAAAACACACUUCUCUAAACUCACUGACCCCACCAGACCAGUACUCUCACUCUAAAUGUGUUCUAAAUAUUAGACCCUGGGUAUCUGUUACUGUAAAAGAUUGACCCUGUUUUUUAAUUUACCCUUGCUGUUAGCUUGGAAGAUGAUAAAGCCAUAACCUCAACAGAAACUGAGCAAUACCUUCCCCCACUGCUCCCCAUCUACUGAACUCUCAGUUGUUGGAAGUGAGAAAGAGGAGCUAAAUUUCAAUCUUAAAAGGAUUAUUUAAGCAAGGAACUAAAACAAUGAAACAAUUAAGGCAAUCAUACUGUAUAAUUCAUGUUUAGUAAGUUCAACCUAUAAGUUGGUGCGGGCUACCUAAAACUGGGAUGGAAAUUAUUCCCCUGAAUUUUGAGUUGGUAAAACUGGAACUGCUAAACAGCAGGUGUUGUGCAUCAAUGAUGACUGCCCUAAAUAAACAAUAACAGACAAUCAUCAAUAACAAUCACCUUAGUCUGACCUUGCUGUCCUGUGCUAUGGCUUUACAGGCUUUAAGGUAGUAACAGUGCACAAAGCAGGAGCACUGAAAUGGUCUUUACAAUCAUCUUCAUGGUAUGAAUAGUGCAAUACUUACAAUGUAGUGGACUAGUUUAUUUGGAAACUAUAAUUUUCCUUUUAGAAAAUUAACUUCAGCUUUUGCAACUUUGUACAUAUGUUUUUGCCGGGUUGACACAAAGGUAACGCAUGGUUCACAUGGCAAGGUUUUAAAGUUGUCAGUUUAUUUUCUAAACCGACCCCCAACAUGACUGUAAAAACUUGUAUAACAGGUUUGUUGCUAUAGUGUGUAGUGUACAGCCACAGAGGGAAAACGCAAUGUACCCACAACAAAUUGAUUUUAAUUUGAAAAGUUAAAAUGUCAGUGGGGAUAAUCUCCCAAAUGACUUGACAUAAAACAUGAGUUUAGAAUAAAUAGAUAUGGCUAACAAGGAAGAAGCUAUGGUAAAAGUUUGUUGGCUAAUUUUAACAGAAGAAAUGGCAGAAUAAGUGGAAACGGCAUUAGCUACAAGUUGUUUACAAGGGAUAUUCAACAAGCUCAUUUGUCCUAAGAAAAGGAGCCUGUUUAUGCUGCCAGGCAGUUCAACAUUGUCAAUAUCCUAAAUCUGAGGUUUGAGUAGUCCUUACUUCUCUCCGAGCAGAAUUAAUUACUCUGAAGACACCACUCACAGUAACAAUAUUUCAUUGAUGUAUUUUGGAGCUAUCACAAUAAUCAGGGUAUCUUUAAGUUUGUUGGAAGGUGAGGAAAAAAAAUAUAAUUAUGUUGUCGUGAAUCAGGCAUUAAUGUGCUAAAUCACCUACAGGACAUUUGUGGUGCUGCUUUUUAAGUCUUGCACACUGCUCUAAUCUUUUUUAACAAGAAACUAAGUACACCAUUUAUGUUCAGUUCAUUAUUUAACUACAAACUCUGUCAGUUUAAUGUGGAGAUGAACCACUUGGCUUGCUAAAAAAUGUCUCAGAAGAAUACUUGUAUUUGGCUGCCUUAUGGUGUCACUUAUAUAGUGGCUAUUCGCCACUGAAUAUCAGAUGGUUUGUUUCUAAUCUGAAGUUUGUAUUUUUUUUUUUCCAAAUACAAGUCAAUCCUUAAAAAGUCCUAUGCAGUCUUUGAAUGUAUGGAAUUUAUUUUGAUAUGUGUACUAGGCUGGUUAGGUAUAGAAACAAAAUUAGUCUUUAGUUUAGUUUUUUUUUUUGUUGUUGUUUAUUUGUUUUUUGUUUUGUAUUUAAGCCGAAUAGGAUCAAAAUUGAUACCUUUUUAUUGAAAUCUGAGAAAUGUUACAGAAAAUGCACACAAAAAACUAGAUAAAUUAUGUGGUAGAGGCAUAGAUGUUUUUUGUGACUUGUUUACUUCAAGCCUGUUGCUGGAGAACAUCUUCAGCCUGCUUCAAUUUUUAAAAAUUUGCAUUUAAUUUGCUGUUUUUAGUGUUCCAUAAAAACAGUUUUUAACUUUCCAUAUUGAAAACAUAAACAGAUAUUUAUUGUUUUUUUUUUUCUGUAACUUGAGAGUUUUCUUCAUAAUCGUCUGCCAAACCGACCCUUAUUCCUACUCUAAAGCCCUAAACACACCAAAUCCGAUUUAGCACCCUAUCUGACAGUAAAUUUUAUCGGACGAGGUCAUGGCAUUUAGCACUAAUUUAGAAUUAAUUGGGAUAAACACCCCAGACUUGAUUUUCUGCAAGGGAGUUAUGGUUGGUCCGACUGAGAAAAACUGCAGGUCUAUUUUAGUCGGAGUAUGCAGCAAUUCAGCGAUAAUUUCAUGGGUCUGACAGAAAGAGAGACGGAGUUUCAAAGUAAAAAAAAAAACAUGCUUCAGGGAAAAAACACUAAGUUAAAUCUGUUAAUCGAAGGAUAACACUCAGGCUUCAAGUUACACAGUGCAUAUGUAUAGCAGUCGGGACAGAAGAGUUGCAGUCUAAAGGUCGAGCUGUGUUGGAUUUUACCAGAAUUUAUUAAGUUAUCUGUCAGGGACCUUUGGAUAACUCGGUGCCAGUCCACCCAUGUGUCUUCUAUCUGCUGUGUUUACUGACUGACUCUGUGGUACCCUAUCUUGCUUUUCUAAAAGGAAAAUCCCCCAAAAUUAUGUCUUUUCAUUAUGGGGAGGAGUGGGAGGGCUGUCAAGGUCAAAUAUGAGAGGAUAUGAACAAAAGUUAUGUAAAGCAUUGCUUCAAGGGAAAUACAGAAUUAAAAAUAAGCUGAAAUUUCAUCUUCUUUUUUGCAAAUGGUGCAUUGAAUUUCUCUUGAAAUAAGGAGUGAUAUUGUAACAUAGUUGACCACGUUUUUAUUGCAUAGAAACUGUGGGAUGCGAUAGACUGUUGGCAUAAGAUAACAUAUUUGUCAUAAUUUCAUUAAUUUAAACAAAAGGGGCAGAUAUGAAAGGGGCAGAUAUAAGCUUGUUCUUUCUUCUUAUUCUUUUCAUUAGAUAUGUAUUGAUUCGGGAGUGUGUGUAUUGUGUGUAUAUUUUCUGGAAUUAAAUAAACUAAAUGAAAUGAAGUUAAAA